UGACAAAGACAAGGAGGAUUGUCCUGCUGGGAAAAACUGGAACUGGGAAAAGCAGUCUGGCUAAUACCAUAUUUGGCGAGACCAGAUUGAAGAUUAAUCAUUUUAAUGACUCAAACGCAUGUUUGUCUCAGAGCGAGACCAAGACUGUUGAUGGAAGAAGCCUAACUUUAAUCGACACUCCUGGUUUCUUUGACCCAAGCAGGUCUGAGAAGUUGGAGCAUGAGAUGUUGAGCUGUAUUACAGAGUGUGCUCCGGGUCCUCAUGCUUUUCUCAUUGUGCUCAAAGCAGAGAAAUUCACAGAGCACGAAAAGGCUGUCAUCGCACAAUUAUGUGAACAUUUCUCUGAAGAUGUUCUUAAAUACGCUGCAGUGGUUUUUACUCAUGGUGACCAGCUCCCUGAAGGAAUGAAGAUCAAGGAUUUUGUUAAUGAAAGUGAAGCUCUGAGUGAUCUGGUGAGGAAGUGUGGGAGUCGGUGCCACGUCAUUGACAAUAAAUACUGGAAGAACAACCAGGAAGAUGAAUAUAGAAGCAACAAGUUCCAGGUGGCAGAGCUGCUCAAUAGCAUAGAAGAUAUAGUGACAGAAAACAAUGGAGGAUACUACACUAAUGAAAUGCUCCAAACAUUGGAGACAGAAAUACAAAAAGAGGAAAAUCGGGUUAGAAAGUCAUCAGAAAAUCUGUCACAGGAAGAGAUUAGAAAGCAGGCUAAAGUUAACAUCAUUAAGAGACACAUGGAAAAUGCACAAAAAUCAUGGCUUAAACCUUUUGUGGGUUUGGCAAUCAUCACAGGAUUAUUUGCAACUGUCUCAGCUUUGUUGAUCAAAUCGAAGUUUGGUAAAGUAUUAACAGAAGUGCCAGCUUAUGUGGUAGAACAAAUACCAGAGAAAAUCCCAAUUCCAGUUAAUCCAGUCCCUGUCCCAGUUCCAUCUGUUCCAUCUAUUCCCGUUCCGUCUCUUCCUGUGUCAUCUGAAUCAUUCCCCAUUCCAGUCCCAGUACCUUCUGAAGAGGACGUUGUGGGGGGUUUUGAGGCCAUUUGGAGACUUCAUGUUUUGUAUGAGAGAAUAUUCAAUCCCUGGAGUCCAUUUGAAUAAACACUGACGCACAGACAGAUAAUAAAACAGCUUAAUCAUCAUAUAUUGUCCUUUAAAUCUUACAUAAAAAUAG